GUUUAUUCCGUGCGUUAGUAAGCCAUUACUGCGCACUGAGUGGGCGUGUCGCUCGCUGUGUACAACAAGUCGCCGUGUUACAGAGUGUUUCCUGAAUCCCCGGUCUGGCAAUGAAGGAGCCCUCCGCCUCUCCCGCUAACUCCACGGUCCCGGCCUUUCUCGUCAAGCUGUGGACGCUGGUGGAAGACCCGACCAAUGCCGACGUCAUCGCGUGGAACUGGGUAACGUGCGGCAUCUCGCCCAGUGUGUACAGCGCUCAAUGAGGGUGUUAGUAAAUACGUCACAGGCAGCGGGUAAUGGUAUACGCUGGAGGACAUGCCCUAACCUGGCAGGCCAGCAUUAAUCUCAAUAUAAUAUCCAUCAGGAUGCUCUCACAGAGGGAUAUAGCUGCUCUCUAGAAUAAUACUCACUGAUUACUAUAAGCAGGUCAGGGAAAUUAUAUUGUAUCUGAAAGAAUAGUUACCUUCUUAUUGAUAAGAGCUUUGCAUCCUAAACAGAGUAUGGACGUCUCUACAUAUUUAAAGUCUUAUUAUGUUAUAUACAAUUGGUGCUAAUAAUAAAAAAAUAAAAAAAAUAAUUGUCAUAAUGCUUGUUGUUAAACUUAGUUAUGUCAAAGAUUUCAGUUUUUAGAAGUUACAGUGCAAAUAUCGCAAGGAGUGAAUUCUGGUUUUAAUGGAAAAUAUGCUAAAUUCGGUAAUAUAAUAAAAUACUCCACAUAUAUAGCUUUACCAGAUUAUUUAUUGAUAUGACCUUAUUUUGCUCUUUGCUUGCUUUCCAGAGGAGCUGUGUGUUGACCCUGUUACCAUACCGAUCAGCAUCAUACUUUAAUGUAAUUUGUAGGGAUAAUUGUGGGUAAAAAAUGAUUAAAUAACUUAGUUUAGUAACCCCAUCACUAUCUCAAAACAAUCACAGUAAUGAUAUUCCUUAUCUAUUCUUAUGCUGAAGCACUGACAGUGAAGCCAGCAUGUCAGUGAUGUGGGCCUGCCCUGCCUGGGGAAACAUUCACAAGUAAGGCCAAUAGCAAAGGUAGGAUGUUGCAGUAAUGUGAGGAAUGUACAAAAAACACACAAGAGAAGACUCAACAAGUGGCUGUUCUACUGUGUAGACUCCCAUUUCUGUUUGCAUGGUAGUGCCUUGAGGGAUAGAGGAAUUGACAUAUUACCUGUGAGGUUGCAUCAGAAAAUGUCUAUUACGUGUAUUUUUAUCCACACUUCACUGCUGCUUUACUACCCAUUUGCAGCUUCUCAGGGCUCUAUGAAUAGGUGGCUGAAGCAAGUUGCCAUGUGGUUCCUUUCGUCCUCUUGCACAUCCUAAAAUCGGUGCUCAUCAGUGCCGUCAGGGAAGGGGCCCACUCAGAGGGUGAUCAGCUGAAGAGAUAGAAUCAUGUCCACAGUGUUAACAUGUAAAGAUCUCACUUUAUUGAACAUACCCCUCCCUGACAGUGGCCUUGCUAAUUUGAAUUGCUUUCUUCUUGGAGGUGAGCCAGUUGACUUUGUGCCAUCUUCAGCUCCUGACACAUGGAACUGCUUUGCUGGUGUACGAAAGGACAGAAGGAGCUAUAGUGUAAGGCAGGGGUUCCCAAUUAAUUUUUCAUGUGGAACCCCUUGACAUAGUGUAUCAACAUUGUGGAACCCGCCAAUUCCCACAAAAAAAAAAAAAAGAAAUUAAGAUUUUUCUCUGUUUGUGCCUGUGUGUGUGUGUGUAUAUAUCUUACACACAGUGUGUAUAUGUCUGUGUAUCAAGGUGUGUUUGUAUGUACCAGUGUGUAUGAAUCUGACACACAGAUAUACACACUGGAAGAUAGUGCCGCACACACACUGCCACAGAUACAUACACCUUGACUCACAGUGUGUGUGUAUCUGAUGCACAGAUACACGCACAUAAUGAGAUGCACACUGACACACGUUGACACACCAACCCACACUCAGAUACCUAAACACAUACAAACUCCCUACCAAACACACAUACAAUUUUUUUUUAAUUAUUUUUAUUUUUUUUAACAUUUUACUCCACACAGCCCCCCUACCUUACGUGCGCCUCUUGGUGAUGCCGGAGUGACGUCAUAUUCCGGCUCCAGCUUCAUUGCUGAGCAGGGAAAUCACUGCUCACUUGCCACCCUCUGCCAUUUUAUUUUUUAAACUUUUGGUGGAACCAUAAUUGGGAAACGCUGGUGUAAGGAAUGUGGAUUUGUAUUCCUUGCAUUAUACAAUUGCCUUGCAAAUACAUCUCAAUGAGCUGCAAGAAGGGGUAGACUUGUAAAGGCUGCAAACAGCUUUUCCAAGCUGUUUUUAGAUAUACCCCCAGUGAAAAGAUGCAUAAUUAAAUGCAUUCAUGUUUUCAUAGUGGUUAUAUCUACCACAUAGUUAUUUUUAUUUUAUAUUUGGGCAUUGCAGUCUUUUAAAGCUGUUUUGAGUACAACCUUUAGGAGUUAAAAUGUUAAGUCCUGAUUUUGAUUAUGCAAUGAAAAAUCAAAUAUGUUAUUUUUUGCAAAUCAGAUUUGAGUGUAUUGUGUCACAUCAUAAAAUAAAUUGGGCUUCCCAUCUGGCAAUUAAUUGAAAAUAAUAGGUCACUUUUGCUAGAGGCAUGCAUAUCUCAGUAAAAUAAAUUCCAUUGGAAAUAUUUCCCUCAUUGAAAUGUGCUUGGUCCUAAAAAGACUAGGGACAACUGGUUUAGAUUUUUAAAGACAACAGUUCAUAUACUGCUGCAUGUAAUACUUUUGCAAUUUUGGAUUUAUCAUCACUCAUAUUCAUAUGCUUAGUUAUUUGGCAGGUACAGGCAUGAAAAAAUUCUUGUUAAAUGUAUAUUGUCAGAACAUUCAUGCUCCUUGCUACCUCCUCUGGCUAAAACAGAAUUAUCAUAAUGGGAUUCACAAAACCACAAAUUAAAAGUUGAGGAUGACACGUUACUCUGCUACAAUCACCAUAAAAAACACACUAUAGAAUGUGCACACAAUUGCCAGUUAUUGCAGAGCUUAAAGUGUUACUCCAAUCCUUUUUCGUUAAAUAUAUAUAUAUUUUAAAUUUAGAAUAACCCUUUGGCCUUAAUAGAUCUCGCCUAUAAAGGGAAAGAAAAAAACUGUUGCAGAAAUUACCAGGAAUCCAGUGCUGGGCAUAGCAAACUGUGCUGGUUUCCACACCUUUAUUGACAUCACAGCCAACCUUGCAAGGUCCAAUCAAAUGCUUCUCAUAGGGAAAGAGCUUGGGGGGUGGGGGUAUAUUUAAAUUAAAAAAAAAUAUAUAAUUACACACACAUAAGUCAAUAUUGCAUGGAGUAAUGGGAUGGCACAUUCAAGCUUCCCCUUGCAGGCACUAGAAGGCUGUAUCUGUCGCCAGCAUACAGUGUGUUCUGACAACAGACAUAUGUUUUGCACAGAAAUAACAUUUGUCAGCACAGAGAAGAGUGCCAGGGAUGCAAUUAUCUCCGUUUGUGCAGCAUUUCAAGCAGAAUAUGCAGACUUCUACCACCAUGGCCAUUUCUAAAAGCAGUUGUCCUGGUGGUUGGAGUAACCAUUUAAUAAAUUCAGUUAAAUUUUGUUUCAGUACUCUCUCUUUUUCCAAUGUGAGACCAGUGAGUUUGUCGCAGUGUAGAAUGGAGCAUACAGGGAGCAUGGUGUCAAGGUGGACCAGUGCUAGUUUGUCCUAAGCUGAAAUGUUGCAUUGUAUCACAUUGAGGUGUUGCUCUAAUAGGGCUUAUCAGCCUCUUAUAAUCAUGGUACAUCAGUUCUGCACUUUCUGUAUAUGUCACAAAUGGUAAAAAAAAAAUUUCUAAUUACCCAAUGCACUGUACACUUGAAUAUAUGUAUAUUCCUACAGUCCUCCAGAUUAUAUGCUUACCAUUUUAUUUAUUUGUGAACACAGUACAUUUGAAUGCAAACUGUUCUGGAGAACUUUCAGGGUUCUUAAUAGUUAAAACUUUUUUUUAAAAUUAUAUAUAUCUCAAUUUAGUACAUCUUUCUCUUUGGCAGCAUGUUUUAUACAGAUUAGAGUUAGGUUUCUGAUUUUAUUCUCUCUCCUGAAGAUGUAAUGUUUUUGAAUAUUUCAAAAUGGGUUUUGUUUUUUUACUUAUCAGAAUGGGCAGAACUUUUGCAUUUUGGAUGAACAGCGGUUUUCAAAAGAAAUUCUUCCCAAGUACUUUAAGCACAACAACUUGUCCAGUUUUAUACGGCAGCUUAAUAUGUGUAAGUACUGAGUGUCCUCAUUUGUAUACUUUGUCUUUCGAUGUACCUGUCAUCAGAAAUGUGGCAAACUAGUAAUAUGAAUUUACUGUACUUGCUCCCCCAGGUGUUUAGUCUUUUCUACUAUGUUUAUUGAGCAAUCUUCACACAUCUAAAUUACCAAUAUCCUAUAAAAAUUUGUUUAACGUGACAGCAGCGAUAGACUGAGACCACUGGGCUAACCCACACUUGUUUUUGUUAAAGGGACACUAUAGUCACCAGAACAACUACAACUUAUUGCAUUUGUUCUGGUGGGUAGAAUCAUUUCCUUCAGGCUUUUUGCAUUAAACACUGUCUGUCUUUUCAGAGAAAAUACAGUGUUUAAAUUAAAGGGACACUAUAGUCACCUGAACAACUUCAGCUUAAUGAGGUUGUUUAGGUGAGAACUAUAGGUCCCUGUAGCCUUUCUCAUGUAAACACUGUAUUUUCUGAGAAAAUACAGUGUUUACAUUCAAAGCUAGGGACACCUCCAGUUGCAGUCACUCAAACUGCCACCAGAGGGACUUCUGAGUUGAUUGAGGCAUAAAACGCCUCAAUCCACUCAGAUCUGCUGUCAGCAGAGCACAGGGCAGCACUGUGCACGAUCAUCCUGUCUGCGUGGGAGUGGCUUGAGCGGACAAGCUGAAGACCGGAGACCGAGGAGGAGGAGAGUAUUCAAACUGUAAGUAAACUUAUUUAGUGAGUGUGGAUAUGGAUGAUGCGCAUGGAUAUGGAUGAUGGGCAUGGAUGGAGAAAGUGUGUGUGUCUUAAAUUUUUUACUACUUGUGUGCUUGCAUAGAAACACUAUAUAGAGGUCUCUAUAUAUAGUGUUUCUAUGCAAGCAUGCAAACACACGGUUUGGCUGAGGAAGGGGGCGGGUAUAGAAAGCGAGCUGAGCGGUCAGUCAGCUCGCGAACACGCACAUGCGCGGUUCAGCGCUGAGGUUCUUCAUAGAGCGGCAUUCAAUGCCGCUCUAUGAAGAUUGCGAUUGGUGCAGCAUGAAACCGUGAAUGCGCACCACAUCGCGAUGACGCUUCUCAAGGAGAAGCAUCCUGUUGGGCCCUACGAUUUCAUCAUUUUGCUGCAAAAGGGGGUGUGGCCUAGCGGGGAGCUUGGCACUGGAAUGGAGGUAAGUUUUAUUAUUAAAACUUACUCUGAAUUUUUAUUUUUUAUUUUUUUUUAAAUGGCAAGUUCAUAUAAAAGCAAGAAAGAAGGCUGGGGGACCUGUCUUUCAUGCUUUUAUAUGUUGACUAUAGUGUCCCUUUUAAAGCCUAGGGAUACCUCCACUGGCCACUCCACAGAUGGCUACUAGAGGUGAUUCCUGGGGCAGUAGAUCAACUGAUCAACUAACAGUGGAAAUACUGUAGCAACAAAGAGAUUCGCUGUUAUACAUUUUAAAGGAAUACUAUUGUGUCUGGAAUACAAAUCUUGAAUCAAUGCUUUCCUGUGGGGUUGUCCUAAUGAGAUCGGGGCACUCUCUGCAGUAUCUCCGGAGGUGGGUACAGGUAAGUGACAGAAGGGUUUUUAACCCUUUCUACACGGGAGAGGCGCACAUGUGAGGGCGGCACUAUAGGGUACUGUAGUGCUUGGAAUACAAUUGGGUCCCUAUCUUAUAGUUCUACUUAAACACAGAAGCCAGAUUUGGAUAUCGGGUAAGCCAUUGUCUUGCACCCAAAAGGUAUGGGAGUGGGUGAGGCCCAUAAAUAUGAAAAUUAUAACUUUGUACAUGCUUGCACAUGUUCAGGUGCGGACAGUUAUGGGAGGCCUACAUUACCAAUGUAAGACAAGUCCUCAAUGCUUGCAGUAGAAGUUAAUUGGGUUUUAAAAGUCCUGCUGUAGGGAUUCCUCUUGCAGUUGAACUUGGGUUAGCUUGUUAAACCUCGUAGUCCUCUAUUGUCACAUCUGUCUUGCAAUAAAGCUCAUGGGAAAGUAUGGGAUCUAGUGCAAUUUUAUUAGUCUGCUCCUCACACACCACAUUUCCCUGUCGUGGCUCAUUUUCUUAUGGAUAAAUCCAUGUUCCUUAGCGUGAGAGUUUUUCCCCUCUUUAAAUGGACAAUGUAAGCAUUAAUACUACUUCAAUGCAUUUGAUGGGGUUUAACUUCACUAAAAUCUUUAUAGUUUUUAGUCUUUAUAGUUUUUUUUUGGCAUAAGGGGCAUUGGCUAACGGGGCAGGUUUAUGGUGCAGCAUUCUGAAAGCAUUUAUUUUGUGGAAAAAAAUAUUUAAGCAUGCAAAAAAAAGUUGUAUUGGUGCCUGGAGUGUUCCUUUAACUCUUAACACCAUUUAGCACCACCUGUUCUCUCUCUCUUUACUGUCUUAGAUAAGCAGUGGGUUACCAAUCAAGCAAGUUUUUGCAGCUUAACUAAUUAAUGUCGCGCCCCAUUGGCAUACUGUGGUUUUCAGCGUUUUGCAGAAUGUUUUAGAAUUUCUUUGACAUUCUAGCUCCAUAAAAAAUCUUUACAAAAAGAUAAAGUAGUCCAUAAUCUGUAUAAAGUGUGAGUUUGGUUUAAAAAAAAAAAAAAAAAAGUGGGGCUUUCGCUAGUGCCGCUUGUGGGAAAGAGGCAUCUUAUCACGCAAACUGGCCCAAUUCUAGGGUUCUGCAUUAUUUUCUGUAGAUCUCAAUGUUGCAGUCUCACACAUACUUUCAUCAUUCCGUUGCAUGUGUAUAUUACACAUUAAAGAACCCUCCACACCAAAACUAAACAACUGUCUAUUUCUUAAAGAAUUAGGCACAUUUUAUAAAGUGCCACUAAAACUGUCUAUUUCUUAAAGAAUUAGGCACAUUUUAUAAAGUGCCACUAAAAUGGGAUGAUCUUUACCCAUAGCACUUCAGCAGGUUCUGUAAUUUUUAUCCACUUACAUUUUCUUGUAUUCAUUUGUCUCAAUUAAAGGGAGGGGGGUGAGAGCUGAGUUUGAAAAUAACGUGUAUAUUUAGUACCACUCCUUUGAUACAUUUUAAGGUGGCUUACUUUCAAGUUUCCCUUUAUUUGCAGAUGGCUUUAGGAAGGUCAUGAAUUUGGAAAGCGGACUUGUGAAAUCUGAUCGUGCAACAGCAAUAGAGUUCCAGCAUCCUUGUUUUAAGAAAGGAAAGGCGGAGUUACUUGAAUUCAUCAAGCGUAAGGUAUGUUUAUAAUUGAGCAUUAUAUUAUUACAUUAAACAAGGUAUGUGGAACUGGAUAAAAAGAUCCAGAUAUAGCAAAAAAACAUCAGACAAAAAUAGUACUCACAAAUGCAGCAAAGCCUCUCAGUGCUGCUCAAACAGUGACAAUCCACAGUGCAAAUCAAACAAAUAGAGGCUGCGCAAAAUGUUGCUAUGUGCACAAAGUGCUACCAAAAUUUAUUGGAGGACAGAAUAAUAAACAGACGUUUCGGGUACAACCCUUUUUCAAUGCACCUUGUCCCUCAAUGCAUCUGUUUAUUAUUCUGUCCUCCAAUAAUUUUUGGUAGCACUUUGUGCACAUAGCAACAUUUUGCGCAGCCUUUAUUUGUUUGAUUUGUACUGUAUAUUAUUGCAUUAAAAGAACCUAUAGUGGUAACCUGCUGUGAUAAAAAUGAAACAAACUGGCAGUAAUUUAUACAGACCAGUAUUUUAACUGCAUUAGUUAAUAUAUACCUUGUACGGCAGACAUUGGUGACAUGUUUAACUUCAGGAACACUGUUAGAAAUACAAUCCUGCCUUCCUAACGUUUAAAGAAAUAUUAAAAUAAACCAUUAUUACUUUACCAGCUCCUUGGUAUUGAUCUCAGCCAAUCCAGUGCUUCGAUUGGGUGCCUAGUAUGCAUGUGCCAUGCUAUGCCUAUCAGCAUCUCUUCAUACAGGUGCAGUGACACAUUGCAUCUUUAUGGGGUAGUGUUCCGCGUCUGCUUGCGGAGUAUGGGACACUGAAUGUCUGUAAUGCAAAGGUUUACAAGAUCGCAGCUGGGAGACCCUUUUCUGGAGUUUACUUGUUAAAUGUUAGAGGAGAAUGAUAACUCCUACCUCUCCCCAUUCCAUAUGUCUGACAGAAAUCUAAUGGAACGUGGGGUUCUAAGAUGUGUUCCAUGAAAUCUUGCAACAGCAUGUUGAACAAUACAUUAUGGUACUGAUGUCUCUGACCUAAAAUUCUAGAUUCAUUAAAUAUCACAUGCUUUUGGAGGUGCUCUGACAAUUGGUACAGGCAGGGAAAACAAGUGCACAAUUCUCUAGGUAAUACAGAUCUGUUUUAACUUAAAAAAAAUGUAAGGGUGCAGAAUUAGCUUAUGGCCAUUGCGCAAACAAAAAACACACUUUAGGUGCUGCCAGCGCACACACCACAGGCAGGCAUAAUUUGGAAUUUAAUGAAUAGCAAUAUUAGUGACUAGGUCUAAGCACGAUCCCCAAGAUUUCUAAUUUAACAGAGCACUAUAGUGACUCGUUUUCCUGGCAUUAUAGGGUUAUUAGGUCUCCCUCCCGCUGGCCUGAAGGUGUUAAAACCCUUUCAGCCACUUACUUUAAUACAGCGCCGGGCUCACUCAGCGCUGGUGACCUCCCCUCCCCCUGCCGAAGUCAGCUCCGAAUGCGCAUGCGCGGCUAGAUCCGCGCGCGUAUUCAAACCACCCACAGGAAAGCAUUACUCAAUGCUUUCCUAUGGACAUCCAGUGUCAUCUCAGUGUGAUUUUUCACACUGAGAAUCGCAGAAGCGGUCUCUAGUGGCUAUCAGGAAGACUGCCACUAGAGGCUGGAUUAAUCCUCAUUGUAAACAUAGCAGUUUUUCUGAAACUGCCAUGUUUACAGCUGCAGGGUUAAAACUAGGUGGACAUGGCACCCAGAUCUCUUCAUUGAGCUGAAGUGGUCUGGGUGCCUAUAGUGGUCCUUUAAGUUACUGUUAUUUUGAGUCAGGACAAGUAGAUUGCGCUACCACUAAAAGUCCAUUGGGCAAGUAAAGGGGCGGGUGUGUGUGUGUUUUGUGUAAUUUUAAUUUUAAAUUUUUUUUUUUUUUUUUUUCUUCUGUGCAGGCUGCCCUGUUUUCCUCUAUUGUUCGUCUUAUACAAUCACCACUAUCAAACAUUUGGGCUGGAUUUAUGUAACUCCUUAGGGCAGGUCUUGACAAAUUUGCUUGGAAUUUAGGAGCUGACAAAAAAAGGUAGCAGCUAGAUUUUCCAAUGUCAAAAAUAAAAUUCUUAAAGGGACUCUUAAGUCACCAGAACCACUACAGCUUAAUGUAGUUGUUCUGGUGUCUAUAGUCUGUCCCUGAACACUUUGCAUUGUUGCCUAGUAACAAAUCUAGUGACAGUCACUCAGGCGGCCUAUAGAGGUGCAUUCUGGGUCAUUGCUGCACAGUGCGCAGCAACUAUGUUCAGCGUCUCUAUCUCCACACCCUGCAUGGAAGCAUUGAACGUUCCCCAUAGAAAUGUAUUGUUUCAAUACAUCUCUCUAUGAGGAAAUGCUAGUUGGCGUAGCGUGGCGUUUUGCCACACAUGCACAAUAGCCUCCCAAUGCUUUUCUAUGGGGAAAACAUUGGAUUGGCUGAGAUCAUCAAAAUUGAUGAUCGCAGUGAUGGAGGCAGGGCCAGCUCUGGUGAGACCAGCACAGUGUUUCCAUGUGAUUCAAUGGGUUCCGGUAACCUGAACAGACAAUCGCUGAAAGACGCACACUGAUUGAUAGUCACUUACACACACACUCCCUGUCACUGCAACAAUCACCCAGCCUUCCCUUUGGAAGAGCUGAAGUAAUUUGACUUUCCAUGGGGUCCAGUGGGGCUUCUGUCAUCUCUCUGCUCUGAUCCCGGUUUACUGAUUCCGAAGGCAGAAUGUCAUAUUCCGGCCCCUGCUCUCCUUUUAGCAGGCCGCCAGCACGCAGCCUACUACCGUCUGGGCUGAAUAGGUAGAAAAAUCUCAGACGCAAGGGCGCCUGGGAUUUGUUACUAUUUAUUCUAUUACUUAAAAUCAAAGUGGAUAAAAAUCAAGAUAUUAUUUUUUAUUUUAUUUUUUUAUACUUAAAAGCAAAAAAUCUUCAAUAUGAAACUCUGCACAUACUGAGAUGUUUUACAUUGCUGUCAGAGGUUUAACUCCAUUCCCAGCUCUGUCAUUUGUACGUCAGCUCACGUGUAUUAAAGUUCUAGGCUGGCUAAUGUCAGUUCUGUGCAUAUUUAUUGCACAGUGGGUCAUUUAUUGGCUGAAAGUGCUCAGCUGACUCUUCCAGACAUCGAAUGACUGGUGGGAUAUGCAUCUGGCUUCUGCAGAAGCAGAAUGUGCAUCACCCAGCACCAGAGGAUGCUAGUCACCCAGGGGUGACCCAGGUUAGAGGGCAAACCAUUGCAGUUCAUGUUUUUAAAGAUAUUUAAGAAUGUCCAUUAACAAACAUUGAUAUUUAACCAAACACAAUUAGUUAUAGUUAAAUAACACCAUUUUAAAUUGUUUUUCAAAUAUGAGUGAUAGUUCACCUUGCAAUGAUUUCAUCAUUCUAUACCAUAUGAUGUACUUUUAUAAGAGACUUAUAGACCAUGAGUCCUCCUGUGAGAGAGGAGCAUGUCUUUUGUAUUGCAUAAAUGCCAAGUCUGGUAAUGGAAGGUAAACGUCUUAAUUAUUUGACGCCGUAGUUGUUGUGGUGCUUAAAACCAUAACAACUACUAUAUGAGUCUUAUACACAGCCCAAUAUCAAAGUAUAAGUUACGAAUGGGUGGUGGGUUUUUAUUUACUUUAAAUAGUUUGCAUUGCAUGUCUGGGUGAGGGCCAUGGGGAGGACCCUUCACAAACCCACUUCUGUAUUAAAUCCGUUGAGAACCAUUCCACAGUAGUAGAGGCAAGGGGGUGGAAGUAAUUAGCAGUAUUACUAUUGUCUGUUGCUUGUUUCUAACAGUAAAAUUAGGACAGAUCCAAGUUCUCAGAUUUUUAUUAAAAUGUCUAAUAUUGCAUGGAGAAAUCAACUAUGUAUAGAAGUUAUUUUUGUUCAAGUGAUUUAUUAAUUCGUAGUUUGAAUUAAACAAUUCUCUUAAAUUGAAAAUUAAUCUGCACAUCUAAUUAGUUAUAUUCCCUAAUAGUUCGCCAGAGGGAGACAUUUAUAUAUAUAUAUAUAUAUAUAUAUAUAUAUAUAUAUAUAUAUAUAUAUAUAUAUAUAUAUAUAUAUAUAUAUAUAUAUAUAUAUAUAUAUACACAUAUACAUACACACACACACAUACGCUGUUUUAAGGCCAUUUGGCCUGUAUUUGUGGGAGGGGCUUAAAUUAGUUCACUCCCCUAUAUAAGGGACACCCCUUACCUGACUCAUAUCGCUUGAGGUCAGCAUCAGAAUGAUUUCCACUUCCGGGUCAUCCAGACGCCAUUUUACCUGAUUACUCCAUGAGGUUUUCUAAGCUGAGCUGUGUCAGGAAUUCAGCCACAGGCUUUUCCGGCCUUCCACAUUCUUUCUUCAAUCUAUCGCUGUGGAUGGUGUCCAAGUGACUCACAAACCGUAAGUCGACCUACCCGUUACGCCAGGCAUCAGUCCCACGGCACCAUGCACGGGUCAGGUCCUCACUUUACGGCUGCAUUUUGUCUAAAUCUGUCCUAAAACCAUUGGAUGUUCAUGCAUAUCAUUUGUUUAAAUUCACUUGUUUUAUAUCUGUCACUAGCUCAUUUCGAGCAUUAGCAUACUCCCAAACGGGAACACAUUCUGUUUCAAUUGUCUAAACAUACUAGGCAAUUCUGUGCGUGCAUUUCGAAUCUUACUGCUCGUUUCGUUUUGUUUCCCUGACAUACCAGGCUCACGGUUCGUGCAAUUUUCUACCAAACGGGUACUAGUUCAUGCAUUUACUAUUGUACUACACACACGCUUCGUGCGUUUACAACCAUGAACAGAACUUUGGUUUGUUACAAUGACUGUUAUUAAGCUAUUAUGUUCACUUAUUGUAUAUUGUCAAACGGCACUGUUUGUUUCCCUGUCACACAACUAUAAUGCUGGGGCAUAGCUCACAAACAAUGUUUCACAUAAACCACACUGAGCCCUACAGGUCACUCUCAAAAUCUCACGUUAACCUUGCAUUUGGAUUAACCCCUUAAGGACCAAACUCUGGAAUAAAGGGAAUCAUAUGUCACACAUGUCAUGUAUCCUUCAGGGGUUAAAGGGUAUUUUACCAUACAAUCAGCAUUUCUGACCCCUACUGGUCAACAGCAAAACUGUCUUCACAUGUCAUAUACAAUUACCAGCCAAUAUAAAUUACACAUAAGAUUGUUUUAAACAUAACCAUAAACCAUGAAUUAAACUCCAACACGGGCUCAACUUCAGGUUUAAUUCACAAUAAUUUACAUUUCACAUUAAGACUAACAGUGGUUCUAUCAACACUGCCACCUACAGGUCUGUCAAGUACAUUGACAAUUUUCAUGGGGUUUUUCAUGGGGUUUUUCAUGGGGUUUUACAAACACCAAAACACUGACCCUUAUAGGUCAACAGACAAACAACAUUUCACAUACCAAUCAGUAUCAACUACACUGCCACCUAUAGGGCACUCGGCAGAUCUCCAGUGCACUUGCAUUUUGCAACUCCAUGUUCACUUGCCAUUCAAUAAGGCAUACAACAAUUCACAUAGCAAGCAGUAUAUCAAUAUCUGUUAUAAAUACACAUAUUAUUACAUAGUAGCACACGCAUCUGUAUAUACGUAACUGGUAACAUGGUUCACUUACAUACGGCACUUAAUGGGUUAAGAUUGAUACAUAUUUAACCAGUAUGGAUAUGAUGUUUAAUAUUUACAUAUCACGGCACUUUACUUUCACAUAUACUGUAUGUUUUAAGAUAAGCUUGGUCUAUGCCAUAUUUCCUUAUGCCAUAAUUUUAUCCAUUCAGGUUACAGUUACUACUAAAAAACCUAUACGGAUUGUCCGGUUCAAUACCAUACUACCAGGUACGUACACCUGCUCACGUAAUUAUCCAUCUCUUACCUUCCCUGGAAUAGUAAUAGUGUACCGGCAAUUAGGGUUCUAGGGCCCAAUAGGUAUUACCCCCUUUUUUCUCUGCAUUAUGCUUCGGUUAGUGGUCCCGCGAGGCCAACACCCCGCCUCACACUCGGAGGCAUACACCCCUCGGGCCACUCGUGAGCUAGCCGCCUCGCAUUGUAUCAUAGAGAGGGCCUCACCUGUCACUCCCCUUCCUAUUUUUCUGGUUACUGUCACCGAGAGGCCAACAUCCUGCCACAACGUUCGGUGGCCACACAAAAUCCCCUCGCGCCAAGCAUAGAUAGAGCCUCUCAAGCCACUUGGCAACUAGCAGGGCCUCACCAGUCACCAAAAAACACCAAGCCUAAUCGUUUCGCCUUACGGCUUAGCUAGCAAGCCGGUACAAGACCCCUGGGUACAAAUAUAUAAUUGCAAUCUUUAUUGUUAUUUAAGUAUUUCUCAAAAAGAUGGUAAAGAAUCACCUCUUCCUAGCACCACGGCUAGAAGUGAUACACCUUCAUCUCUUACCUUCCCUGGAAUAGUAGUAAUGUACUGGCAAUUAGGGUUCUAUGGCCCAAUAGGUAUUACCCCUGUUUUCUCUGCUUUAUGCUUCAGUUAGUGGUCCCGCGAGGCCAACACCCCGCCUCACACUCGGAGGCAUACACCCCUCGGGCCACUCGUGAGCUAGCCGCCUCGCAUUGUAUCAUAGAGAGGGCCUCACCUGUCACUCCCCUUCCUAUUUUCUGGUUACUGUCACCGAGAGGCCAACAUCCUGCCACAACGUUCGGUGGCCACACAAAAAUCCCCUCGCGCCAAGCAUAGAUAGAGCCUCUCAAGCCACUUGGCAACUAGCAGGGCCUCACCAGUCACCAAAAAACACCAAGCCUAAUCGUUUCGCCUUACGGCUUAGCUAGCAAGCCAGUACAAGACCCCUGGGUACAAAUAAUAAUUGCAAUAUUUAUUGUUAUUUAAGUAUUUCUCAAAAAGAUGGUGAAGAAUCACCUCUUCCUGGCACCCCGGCUAGAAGUGAUACACCUUCAAGCAGAGGAGAUGUGGCUCCAACCUAAGGAGGCGACAAAUCCCCUACCCUGCCACAGCAAGGAAAGCAGAGUUAUUCAAACUCCUCCAUACAUCAACGGACAACACGGAGGCAGGGGAAGGCCCAGCAACACCAACUCAGGUGACACCCAGGCCAUGCUAGCCUCACUCAUAAACUCAUGAGCCAAAAAAUUUACGACAGACUGGCAAUCUCGAGUCAGUCACAGCCCUCACAAGGCUGGGCCUCACGCUACUGUACAACCAGCACCAACCGAAACUCGGUUACUUGGUACAAGACGUUAACCCUGCACAUAUGAUCCCGGCACAUUGGGGAAACAAGGCAUAUAUAUGUAUGAUGUAUCUAUGAUGGUCAGACCCAGGGAUUCUAGGUAAAUCGGGAACUGACCAUCCCUUGGUUGUGUUGGCAUUUGGAAUAUGUAGAGAUGCUUAUUUGUGCAGGUACCCAUACAGAAGGGAUUUUCUCCCAAACAAACAGGCGAGCACUCUCAGGCUCCAGGUACCAGCACCUCUGAACUACCAGAGACAAUUGGUAUUAGUAGUUGCAUUGCAUAUAUGUUCAAAUCAUUCAGGGCACAUGACAAACCAUGUGUCCCAAUACAACUUACAAAUAACGUACUCACCAUCUGUACACACCAAUGCAUUUUCAACACUACUGACUCAUCACCCUUCCAGACUUGUAGUAGAUUUACUAAGGCUCUGGAGCUUCAAAGGGCUCCCAUACAGGUAUAAAUAAACUCUCAAGAAAUAUAGUAUGCCCUCACUUACAGUCAGCACAACAGAACCGUCGGCUGUAAACACACUCAUAGCCAAGAUUUGCAGAGGGGUUUUUACUUGGGUUUUCCAAUCUCCACCAUUUACAGCAUGGCACCAAACACAUUGGUAUUGUCACAAGGGAAUCUUCCCUUAAACAAAGACUAACCAUAGACUUAUUGGCACCACACACCUUCGCUACCCCAAGUCUCAACUCCCUCAUACCCUCCGAGGAGUUUCCUUACUAUACACACCAUUGAUCUACCUUUACAGCGAUCACUCAAGCAUGGGUUGAAGCUUCGUUAAGUAAGACCAAUAUCAUCAACACAGUAAACGGCUACCAUCUACCCUACAAACUGGCACUUACAUGGCAUAAAAUGGGCAAUCCUAUCCCCGCUAAAAGCAGCUGCUGUGGCAUGGGGUAAAUCAUGGUCAGGGUCAUCAAUCCGUUGUUACUCAGACAACUAAGCAUAUGUCAUAUCAUCAACAAAUGCCACUCAUCAUCCAUACGAUCAUGGUAUUGCUGGGGAACUCACUUGGUUGGCCACUUACCACAUUUCUUUUACUUUCAUGUACCAGGCGGGGGUAUACAUCCUUGCCGACAAUUGUCUCAUUUAUAUUCCAGGCACGUUCAUCAUACGCUUCCUACAGCCGCCCAUACAGUCAUGGCCACUCUUUUGUUCCAGAGACAAAAUCAUGGAUUAGACAUACUCAUGCAGCAUAGCAUGCACUAUCCCACCUAGCACUUUCAUCCCAUACUUGUAGAACACAUAACACAUAUUCACCUGGCUUUAAAGAAUCUCAUUGGAACAUGACAUAGCUCAACCUGUCAUAACAUUUCUCCUCAUUUUUUGCCACCUUUAAACUAAAACCACCUCACACACCAUUAAUUAUAUAUUUUACAGGCAUUCAACAACACAGGAUAACCUAUGGCCAAAACUACCAUAACUUCAUGCUAUCAUACCAGACAAGAAUAUACUCAGAGGUUUUCAGGAAUCCAUCCCCCCACGUUCCUCUCAGAUAUUACCAAUAGCCAUCCUACUUUUCCAUCCUUAUCGGACCUAUUAGAGCUACAACCAUUCAAUUAUACUACCAAGUUGGCCAUUACCAGCCAUGCACACUGCCUUUUAUGCCUUUCUCAGGCCAGAGAAUCCACUACCAUAACCACCACUCAGACAGAUCAUUGUCUUCAACGAUCCCACGUAUGUAAACACAUAUAUCAUUACCUAUUGGCUCUACCACAUUCCGAAACGAGUCAACACGCACCAACAGUAGAGAUAACAUACUAUCCUACCCACAACAAAUGGUGUCCAGUUGCGGUCCUAGAUUCCUACCUUCAAAAAUCCUUCAAGGAAUUAAAUACCGUAAUGCAUUUAAGGAAAUGUCUGGUUAAUUUGUAUAUAUUGUUGACUGUAUUAAAUCUUUGAUUAUUCUUUUUGCCCUCUUUAUUUACAGGCCUACCGUAUCGUCGGUCUCGGCACACCACAACCGACUUGCUCCCUUUAUACUAUCCUACGCUUAUGCUGGAACCUUACUCCAUAUACGGCUAUUUGCCCCGAACACAAGUUUUAAGGCCAUUUGGCCUGUAUUUGUGGGAGGGGCUUAAAUUAAUUCACUCCCCUAUAUAAGGGACACCCCUUACCUGACUCAUAUCGCUUGAGGUCAGCAUCAGAAUGACCCUCCCACCCACUCCUCAUUUCAACACUUUCUCUUUUCUUUCCAUUUACUUUACUUACUUACUCCUUGGUGGGCCCUCUUUAUUUACAGGCCUACCGUAUCGUCGGUCUCGGCACACCACAACCGACUUGCUCCCUUUAUACUAUCCUACGCUUAUGCUGGAACCUUACUCCAUAUACGGCUAUUUGCCCCGAACACAAAUAUAUAUAUAUAUAUAUAUAUAUAUAUAUAUAUAUAUAUAUAUAUAUAUAUAUAUAUAUUUUUUUUUUUAUUAUACACAUCAGAGCGAAGAGUCUCUUUAUCAUUGAUGUGUGCCUAGUUGCUUGCUCUGUGUUUAUCCUUAAAGGGAUUCUAUUUGUUAGGAAUACAAAGUUGUAUUCCUAACACUAUUGUAUAGAGAUGCAUGAUCAUAAGUUUUUCAAAUAAAAGUGUAAACUCCGGUGUGGGGGUUAACCACUUAUAAUAGAAUCAAUAUGUAAGUGAACUGAAUCAGGAGUUUGUUAGGGUAAGGUCAUUUCAUCCCUACUUGUCAGGAGUCCUUAUAAAAAAAAAUAUAUUGUUUAAAACUUACACGUAGAACAGGGUUCGACAAAUCCCAGGUCGCCACGGCGACUAUAUAUGUCACCCUGGCGUCUGGGAUGUGCCAGCUCUCUAAUUAGUGUGGCCGCGGCCGUCACAGGGAAUAUUGCAGGUGGCCGCCCGGGGGAGCAUGGAGGUAGGCUGCCGACCGCAGGAGCAUUGUGGACAGCGCGUGAGGGAGCAGUACUCUGUAGCUCCUCUCUGCUCCCUCGCGCUGCGUAAUUAUGCCGGGAGCUGGAAUAUGACGUCAUUCCGGCCCCGGCAUCGCUGCAGGCAGUGCGAGGGAGCAGAGAGUUGCUACAGAGUACUGGUGUGUGUGUGUGUGUGUGAGAGCCUGUCUGUGUGUGUGUGAGAGCCUGUCUGUGUGUGUGUGAGAGCCUGUCUGUGUGUGUGUGUGAGAGCCUGUCUGUGUGUGUGUGUGUGUGUGUGAGAGCCUGUCUGUGUGUGUGUGUCUGUGUGUGUGAGCCUGUCUGUGUGUGUGUGUGAGCCUGUCUGUGUGUGUGUGGCCUGUCUGUGUGUGACCUGUGUGUGUUGUGUGAGCCUGUGUGUGAGCCUGUUGUGUGUGUGUGUGUGUGUGUGUGUGUGUGAGCCUGUAGGACAUUAGUGUAGGACCUGCCAAAGAUGGGGUUACGUUGUGGCAGGCUUAUGCAAUGUAUGUCAUAUAAUGUAACUAAUAUUAGGUGUUUAAAAAAACUAAUAAAAUCUUUCAACAUUGAAGUUGCUGUUUAGUGGAUAGGUGAGUGCGCUGGAUCUUGUGUUUUGUGUUUUAUAUAUAUAUAUAUAUAUAUAUAUAUAUAUAUAUAUAUAUAUAUAUAUGUGUAUGUAUGUAUAUAUUGUGUAUGUAUGUAUAUAUGUGUGUGUGUGUGUAAAAGUGUAAUUUCGUUCUAACUAAUUUUUAAAAUUAAUAUAUUGAUAUCAAAAUACACGUAGCACGAAAUAAAAUAUGUGUGUGUGUGUGUAUAUAUAUAUAAUAUAAUUUUUUUAUUUAUUUUUUUAUUCUACGUAUAUAUUUAUGUAAUCAUUUUAUUAAUUACAAUUUGCCUGACAACCCAGGCCGAAAGUCCAGGGAAUUUAAUUUGCUAGUACUAUAUUUAAUCCUGUAACUUCCCAAAACACCAUAAAACCUGUACAUAGGGGGUACUGUUUUACACAUGAGACAUCGCUGAUUACAAAUGCGUAUUUUAUUGCAGUAAAAGCAAACAGUAUUAUGACAUUCACAGUUAAAAUGUCACCUAGAACUAAAAAACGUUUUAAAAUUCUUUUCUCACAUUUAAAAAAAAAUAAUAUUUUAUUCAUAUUAAAUUAUGUUUCAUACCUAAAUAUUUGAUGUUAAAUGAAAGCCCUGUUUCCCCCGAAUAAAAUGAUAUUUAAGUGUGGGUGCACAUAAUAUGAAAGAGGCAAAUUACGCAUGAACAACAUAUAGCGCAAAUUCAAGUUUUUGUUUUGAUCACAACGUUCGUUAGUAACUGAAUUUAUAUGUUGGAGAACUCUUCUCAGUUGCUGAUGUGUUUUACCUACAUAUUGUAAUGUGCAGCUGCAUGUUAUGAUGAAUACAACUCAUGUGGUGCUGUAAUUGAUGAAAUCCUGUAUUGGGUAUUUGUUUUUGGUUCUGGAGAACUCAAUUGUCUUGGAGGGCUUGAUGAACUCACACGCUUUCCACCUACUACAUCUAUAUAUUCCUUUAGUCUGAAUCAACCAUGUCUCGGAAUUUGUUAGUGGUUCUAGGUGACAAUGCUAGUAUGUCUCGGAGAUGUUUUGGUCUACGUGCUGUUAUACUGGGGAGUGGUGCAAUGAUUUCCUGUUAGUUCUGAUUGUGUCUUAGGAUUUGCCAAUUUUUAGAAAAUAUUUCUUCUACCGAGUUCCAGUGUUGGUCGUAUGUUGAUAUGCAACGUGUUUGUUUGUCUGGGGAUUCAGUUCUUACAGUCCUCAAACAUGUGGACCUUUCCAUAGUGUUAACUCUUUGAUAUGUCUUCUUUAGAACCCUGUUCGGGUAACCUUGUGCCUUACAUAUUUGUGUAAUUUAUGUUGCUUCUUUUCUUCUUUCUCUAAGGUAUUGGCCAUAUGGAAUUCCUGCUCUUGAAAGGGUGAUGGCUCUGCCAGUGUAGUAAAUUGUUGGUGGCAGUAAUUUUACGGAAGAGUUCCGUGGUGACUUGGCCAUCUAUAGUUAGAUUUGAGGUCCAAGAAUUCCAAUUCACUCUCAUCUAUCACCGAGGUCAAUUGUAACCAUAUAUUGUUCUUAGUGAGAGUUUGUUAAAUUUGUCAAUUGAGCUGGUCCAAAAGAGAAGCACAUCAUCGAUGUAAUAUACCACUUGAUUAUGUAUUUGUGGUAUUCAUCCUUGAUGGUUUCAGAUAGAAUUGUUUCCUCCCACCAACCCAAGAACAGGUUGGCAUAGCUAGGCUCACAAACGUGCCUUAUAGCUGUGCCUUUCAACUGCAGAUAACAAUUACCAUUGAAUACAAAGUAAUUGUGAGUUCAAAUAAAACACAGUAGGUCAAUUAGAAACUUAAUUUGGGGGACGGAAUAUUUGGAUGAUUUCUCCAAGAAGUACGAUGUUGCUUCUAGCCCUUUCUCAUGUGGAAUGUUGCACAGUGCAACCACGUCCAUGCUUGCUAAUGGAGUGUAAGGAGGUACCACCAAAUCUUCUAGGGCCAGCAGGGUUUGUUUGGUAUCCUAUAAAUAGGAAGUUAGAUUUGUUACAAAGGGAUGUAAUAUAUUGUCUAAGAACUUGCUGACAUUUUCUGAGAAUGGUUGCCUGAAACUAUUGGUCUUCCAGAUGGGUUGGUUAAGUUUUUGUGUACUUUAGGCAAACAAUAGAAGGUGGCGAUAGUAGGUAUAUUUUUCGGCUUGAUGAAUUUUAAUUAAUUGUUUGUAUUGAUGUUAUCAUUGGCUGCUGAGGUAAGCAGUUGCUUAAGGAGAGCUAGGUAACCAGAUGUCCGGUCCCCAGACAAUUUGGUAUAACAAUUAUUCAUUUGGAUGCAUUCUUAAGAAAGACUAUAGUCUCAGUGUGGCUUUAGCCUUUAUUUAGCUAUUCAGAUUUUAAUUUGCACAAUGUGGAGUAAAAUCAAAGUUAAAUUUCCUUUAUAUAUAAUCUCCCUACCAGUGUGUUUGUCUGUAAUAUAAAUCGUACAUUUGUUUUAAAAAUGAUCACUGUUUGUUGUAGAUAUCAUCUGUAAAAUCAGGAGACCUGCAUUUGUCACAGGAAGAGUUGCAAAAAGUUUUUUAUGAGUUGCAAGAACUAAAAGAAGCUCAGGGCGAUGUGGACACACAGCUGCAUAACAUGAGACGGUUGGUGCUGGAUCAGUAAUCUGUCUAUAACCCAUUAUGAUUGUUUCGCUAUUUUACCUAUGGGGAAUUUAAUAAUAUCUGUUUUGUUUUUGUUUUUUUCUUCUUCUCAGAAGGGCAGAGUUUGCAGCAGUUUCUAAUUGCUGUCCUUUAUUUAUUAACACAAGAACAGAAUAUGAGAACAGACAGCUUAGAUUUACUUACUUACAAAGCCUGCCAUUUUACUAAAUCUCUGCUGAGGUCUCAAAAUUUUUUUUUGAGUUUUUGCUCACUUGUGCCAUUACAGAGUGACCAUUUGCAUAUAACAAUGAUCCCGUCCACAAGGGAAGUCCAGAUACGAAAUGCGAGAUACGAAAUGCCUAUGUGCCCAUUGAGUGAGAGAUGCCGCUCUUAAAGGGGCACUCCAACCAUCAUAAUCACUACCCUUCGUUUUUAUCUAGAUUUCUUUAGCUAACAGGACGCCCUCUUUCACCUUGACACAAUCUGAAGAAUCACACCACCUUCAUUCAGCCAUUCAGGUACUUGUAUGGCAUGAUUAGGCAUUACCAGUCAUUCCUAUAAGGGCUGUACAUUUAGGAUUUUGCCCAUACAGCUUCCUUUUUGAGAAUUUAAAGUCAAAGUAACAGCUUCAUAACAUAACUGACUAGUGCAUUUGAAGUAGUUAUAGAGUGCUUGGACUGCCCAUUUAAAUGGCAGAUUAUAAAAGGUUAUGUCUCUUCCUAUGUUUGUUUUCAGAGAAAAUGAAGCUUUAUGGAAGGAAGUAUCUUCCCUGAGGAGAAAGCACAGCCAGCAGCAAAAACUGCUUGCAAAGGUGAGAUGUGUAUAUCAGGUACUGCUUAGACUUCUUAGUCUUACUAUAAUAUAUGAAAGAUAUGAUGGCAAAAUCUAAAUGACUUCUAUUUAGCUGUAUAGUUCUCUCAUCUGCCUUCUCAGCCUUUUUUUGUGAGAAAACCUAAGAAUUUUUUUUUUUUUCUCUUUAACAUCAGAUAUGUGUUCUGUCAUUUUUUUUUAGUUUUUUUCAAAAGAUGUAUUUUCAGCAAUUGGCAGAAACUAAUAUCAUAUCUUUACAAAAUGUAUUUUUUUUUACUGUUUAGUCUCACCUCUUUAGGGGUUAUCUUUCUCUCCUAAUACUAAAAACCUUAACUUUAUUUGUACUUCUAAAAUCAUUAAGCCUUAUCUACAGACCUUUUGUAUUUAAAUAUUGUGAGACAAACAUUUACAGGGUGUGAUUUAUAGUAAACUGCUUACCGUAGUUCUGAAUUGGAACUUUAAUAGUAUCUCUUAAUUGUAAUACAUGCUAUAAUCAGUUAACCACAACUUUCAUACCAUACAUUCAAAUUGGACAUACAUGUGAAACAUAUAGACAAGACAACUUCGGUAAGAGCAUAUUUUUUGUAUUCUUAAGAAUCCUAUUUAGAUAUGACAGAAGGAGAGGGUUUCAGGAGCUGAGUGUAUGAUAAAAUAAAUUCAAUGCUUGGUAAGCUUUAUGUUUGUUUGAGCGCUCCACUUAUAGGUGUAGGUCUUUGCUACUUAUACCGCACUGUAUUUUAUAUGAGUGUUUAGUGGAAAAGAGGAUAUUUCCACAUAAGUGUAUAGAGCUGCUUGUUAAUCACUCUUAUUCUUGUUUAAAGCACUUUGUUACACACAUUCCUCCGUCAAAAGAGGUAACUUUAGAUGUGUUAAUAGUGCUCUGUGUUCAAAACCACAUCUAGGGAAAUCUAAAUGAAAGAAAAAUGUUUGAGGAGAUAGUUCAUCCUGUAUUCUAAGAGCUUUGAAAAUGUAUUCAAUAUUUUUCUUAAUCUCCGCUAAACCAUUACAGCCCCACCACAUAUGGUAUAAUGUUCCCACCGCUCUUAAACAUCUCCAGCAUGUAUCUGAAUGAUCAUGUUUAAAUUUCUUAAUUCUGUGCGGGGUUAUUCCUGUGAGUAAUUUUGAAGAAUGUUUCGUGUAGACUCAAGCUAUGGGUAAUUUUCUCAACUUGUGGGAAAACUUUUUAAAUAUUUUUCCCAUUUUUUUUUUGUUUUUUUUUUUGUAUCGAUCGGGGUUUAUCUGUGUCUAUAACAGAAUAGAGAGGUACUUGCCUACUGUUAUCAGUUUAAUUAAAACAUAACAUUUAAUAUAUUGAUUAAAAGUAUUACGGUUGGUAAAUCAACAGGUAAACUAGAAAAUAUUUAUUGAUUAUAAGACUCAAUAAUAGAAUCCAAAAAAAAAAAUACAUGUAAGAUUAGUUAAGUCUGUUUGUGUAUUGCUGGAAUUGCAGGGUGAGCCCAAGUAUUAAAGAACUUGUAGUGUUUCUUAAGAGAUGCCAGUAAAGCUGAAACUGGCAAUCCCAGAAAACACAAGAUAUCGAAUAGAGUAAAUAUAACAAUUUGAUCAAAACUAUAGUAUACUAUUGUUGCAGUUUUCCUUGGAGGGAACAAUUAUAUCGCUAUGCUAAGGUUAUACACUCUAAGAGACCACGUCUAGACUUUUUUUUAGAAGUGUAUAGGGAGGAGUCUGUGUUUUCUAACGCUAUUAGGGUCUCUUUGGUAUCUUGAAGAUAUGAAGGAAGUUCUUUUACCGUGGGAUGUAAAAUAUUUUAAAUGAAUUUACUCUUUCUCUAAGGCUAUUGUUCCCUGAAGCCUGGGGGAUCAUUAAUGGUUUUGUGAACUUUGGGCAGACCGUAAAAUGACGCUAUUGUUGGAUUAUAAUGGGGUAAUUUAUAUUGUAAUUCUUAAUGUGAAAUGAUUUUCUGAUUGCUGGCAUUUAUGAGAAGGUGUUUUAGUUCCAUCAGAAACUUAGAUGUAGGAUUUGAGUUGGUAGCAGUGCGAAUCUUUCAAGUGCUCCAUGCACAAUUUUACAUAAUUUUAACGUUUCAUAAGGACAAUAUUACCACCAUUGUCAGCAGGUUCUAUAAUUGUGUCUUCAGCCGAUCUAAGUACUCUUAGAGACAUCCUUUUUGUGGAUUGAGGUAUUGUGGUCUUGUGUAGAUGAGUUAAUUUGUUCUAAUUCCGGAGUUGUAAAUUGAACAUAUAAAUCUAUUUGUGGAACUUCGGAAAAGUUGGGAGUAUACCAACUCCUAGGUUUUAAAUUACUCAUUGGUCUUGGUGAAUCAUUUUCAUCUAAUACAUCUGUGAGGGUUUGUAAAUGAGUGUUAUAUUCCAUGUUUAGCCCAAAGUCUUUUGUUAGUGGGUGUUUGUUUUUGUUUUUUUGUUUUUUUUUUUUUGGUUUUUUUUAAUUUAUUUUUUUUAUGCAAAACCUCUAGAGCCAAUUUUCUGCCAAAGAGGUUGAUAUCUUUAGUCCAUUCAAAUUUGUCCCAAGAAACACUAACAGUUCUUUAAUACUUGGGCUCACCCUGCAAUUCCAGCAAUAUACAAAUAAACUAUUAACUAAUCUUACUUGUAUAUUUCACCUUAUGUUUUUGGAUAAUUUGAUAUAAUUUUUUUUUUUUUUUAUUUAUAUUGAUAGUCUUUUAUAAUCAAUAAAUAUUUUCUUGUUUACCUGUUGAUUUACCAACAGUAAUACUUUUAAUCAAUAUAUUAAAUGUUAUGUUUUUUAAUCAAGCUGAUACCAGUAGGCAAGUACCUCUAUUCUGUUAAUUUCUAUUUAGGGUUACCCCCUUUAUCUUGCCUCAGCAUCUCUGACAUUCCUUCUUCCUACCCCUUUACCCAUUAAAAUAUGUGUCUAUAGAACAUUUUAACACUUGAGAGGUUUUAGAAAUGCUUUUAUUUGUAUAAUGUUUAUUAAUGAUAUUCUCAAAGUUACAAUACUAUUUAAUCUGUAGAUGCUUAAUUAGGUGAUGAAUUCUUAUAUAAUUCUACAAUUCAUUUUUCUAUUAAUCCAAAUUGGUUUUUUUAACUCUGCAAACUAUUUAAAUUUCGCCAGUGGGGCAAUUUGAGAGCGGUUAUGAAUUCCACAACUUCAACAACAAUAUAAUUUUUUAGAAUAAUAAAGUUUUGUUUUAAUGACAUUACCACGCAUGACGUAAGAGCGCACGAUGGGACAUUAUCACGUGGGCAUGUUUAGGGGCGGGCCACUUCGUAAGUUACACUGGCCGCCGCCAUUACUCUGUAUAAAUAAAUGGUAGUUUCACUCCUGCAACAAGGGGCAUUCCAGUCCCGAGCGCACAGCCCAGGCAACAGGAGACGUUGACCAGACCGGAUGGGGACUACCCUUCAUCACCACUUAUCUGAUAAAGUUACAUCCUCUAACUCCAGAACACAGAGAACCUCACCGGUCCACUUUAUACCCAUCCACAAGUGUUUGUACUCCAUUCUGCACCCUAUAUUUACAGCUUCAAACGAUCUGUGGUGAGAUCCAACUGAUUUUUUUUUUUUCAUUCAUUAAGCUGCUUAUUUUUCUAUUUUCCAUUUUUUUACUUUUUCACUCUUCAUUUUUUCACUUUUUUAAUUUUUUCAAAAAUGUGCUGUUUGAUCAGACUAUCAAUUGCUAUUAGUGGAUCCACCAGACUAUAUAUGAACUACCAGUUUCAUCAAACGUAUAUUUAUAGGGUGUGUAUAGUUGUAUAUAUUUUGUCUUAACUACUGUAGAUGAAUUAAGAGUGUGCAUCGCUCUGUAUAUUUGUCAAUAGUGGUAUUCGUUUUUGUGGAUGAUUUUCUUCCUUUUUUUCCUUUUUGUCAUUAAGUGUAUAAUAAAUGAAUUUUUGCAUUUCAACAUAUUGAAUCUUUUUGAUGCAUAUUAUAUGCCAUUGAGUGCAGUAUUAAUAGUUAUUUAUUUGGCAAGAAUUUUUGGCCCAGCCUGUCCCUGUGUAUGUCAGCUGUAGCUUUUCUGGUCUUUAUCCUGGUUCCUGGGACAUUACAACAUCCAUAUACUGAACUGGAAUAAAGUUACUAUACUGUUAUGUCUUGCAGUAUCCUAUGCUAUAUACCAUGUUCGGCAACUUUUUUUUGCAUGUCUAAAAGGGCACACUUAUUCAGGGGCUCCUGUCAAAAUUCAUAAUUGAAGUAGUUGAAUAAACUAUAAAAUUAUAAAAAAUAAAAAAAAAAUGUUCAAUUAAAUGCACUUGCAGAAUCUUUCAGUGAUGACAUUACAUCAAAAUAAAAAGCAAUGUAGAGUUACACGGUUUUGAAUAGAACAUUAGUCUAUAAUUUUUUUUCUUUUAUGUCAUGUCAUCACUGAUUCUGGCAAUUUACUGUAAGUCAUUUUCAUAAGAUGCAUUUGUUUCACACACACAUUUUGUUAUACAGCAGGCAUGGUCUGUAUUUUGACUAAUAUAAUGUUUUCUUCUUCAUAGAUACUUCAGUUCAUCAUUGGUCUAAUGAGAGGAAAUAUAGUAAUGGGAAAUAAUCGAAAAAGGUAUUUAUAGUUUACAUGUGUUUAUUUGUGAUGUCUUUGCCUAUUUGUGCACCGUAAUGAAUCCAAAGCAUGUUUUAGGACAGUGGUCAGCAACACAUGGCAGUUUGCCAUGCAUGGCACUUGAGGUGGCUUUGCACAGCGCUCAAAGCUACCAGAGACAAAUCGAGGGACUUCAGAUAUCUGCUAGUGCAAGUAUAUAUGUGAUUGCAGGUGAUGAUGGAUACAUUUCAGUGUGUGCAUUGCAGCCCUUACAGGAAGUGGUCUGAGAUCACUUCCUCCUCGCACAUAUGAAUAAGAAUCCACACUUGAGUAGUGCAGCCUGUAGCAGCUAUUGACACUCCUGUUCUUGACCUGUACCUGAUCGGCCCAAUCCUCACAACCAAGACCCCAGGGAAGCCACCCACACUUUUUUUUUUUUUUUUUUUUUAUACACAGAGCUAGAAAAGAAGCCUCCCCCUCAUACACAGUGUCACUUACACACUCUCACUAACACACACACACUCUCACUCACAUACAGUAUCACUAACACACACACACUCACUGACAUUCACCGUGUCCUUUACACACUCUCCGUGAUACACACUCUCUCUCUGGUUUAACACGGUUAUAUCAUUCUCGAACCUUGCACAUAUUAUGUCAGAGGCACCGUAGCCUCACCAGCCAAGAGCAUCUCAUUGUACUCUAUUAUCUGUACACAAAAACACUUUCAAGCAGGGGUCACAUCACAUAGUAUGAGUGGAACAUCUGAAUACAAUUAUUUCAGCCCAUCUGUUUUGUACUAGGCUUUGGGCUCUCUAAAGUUAGUAGAGAGAUCCUUCAUAUUUCUUGUCUUUAAAGGAUCACUAUAGUGUCAGGAAAACAAACUUGUUUUCCUGACACUAUAUAACCCUUAGGUCCCCCCUUUCCGCUGAAGGGGUUAAAACCCCUUCAGUUACUUACUUUAAUCCUGCACUCUGCACCUGGUAACAUCUCCUCCCACGCCAACGUCGGUUCCCUAGUGGAGCGGAAUACAAAUGCGCGGCAAGAGCCGCGCGUGCAUUUAAACAGUCCAUAGGAAAGCAUUUCUCUAGAGGCUGGAUUAACCCUGCAGUGUAAACAUAGCUGUUUCUUUGAAACCGCUAUGUUUACAUCUGAAGGGUAAACCUGGGGGACCUGGCACCCAGACCACUUCAUUGAGCUUAAAUUGUUCAUUGUUCUUUUAAAUACUUGGGAGAAGGCAAAUCUUAACAGUAGUUUAAUUUAUUUUUGACAUAGAAAUAUUUUGUUGUUGUAUUUUUUGAGAAUCUACCAGUUCAGUGACUUUAUUUUUUUUACAGAACCUUAAAAAUUGAAGCAUCACAACCACCUUCAAAGUACGCACGUCAUGUUUUACACUUUCCUGAGGACACUGGGAAGCAGGUUUGUUUGAUGUUAAUUAUGUCUGUGCUUCAAUAUAAUUACCAAUAUGGAUACUGCACUCUCCUAGAUCCCAGGGUGCAAACAGACCUGAGGUUGGCCAAUCCUCACAAUGUGAUUUGCAAAAUGUAAUGAUGGUCCUGGCACUUAAGUUCAAUCCAGUGGGCAGAUUGGAGCAGAAUCAAAUUAGUUUUGCAAAUUGUUUGUGUUGUCUCCAAAUGUUAUAAGUUUUUUUUUUUUUUUUUUUUGCCCAGCCCUCUUGCAAGAGCAUGUAUGACUUGUUGAGCAAUAUUAAGUUCCUUGUACAGGGUGUCUUCUCUUUUAUCCUAUGCAGUUCCUUGCAUAAUGAGGAAGUGUGUAAGUGUGUUAUUUCUGACACAACGGAAAAUGGUUUCUGGAAUCUCCUUGGUAAAUAAAAAUAAGCGGUAUAUUAACUCCUUAAAUACACAGCUUCAGAAGUAUAUCUUGCACUUAAGAACACAAGCAAUUUUUGCAUAUUUUGCUGUUAAACUGCUAUUUGCAUCUUUUUUUAUCUUAUUUAUUGUACCAUCAUAUAUUAUAUACAGUUUGUUAAAGGACAAAGAGAGCUUUAAUUUAAUGCGCAUAUAAAUCUAUAAUUACGCAGACAUGUUAGUGAUGCAGCACACUUCAUGUGUCCCCUAUUAAUUAAGAAGUAUAUAGUGGAAGAAUACCACUUUAGAUAAAAGCAGCAAGGUGAAUUGUUAGUGUCAAACUCACCAAGAGAGUUUGCGUUUACGUGGCCGUGAGCUUACACUUUAAUGGCCAUAUGUGUGCUACUAAAGAAACCUCCAGCAAUUUAAAUGUGAAUGGAUUGGGGAAACUGCCAAGUAAUGUUUAUUUGCUAUGUAUUUUGGCAGUUUCAGCACAGGGCUUAAUUUUGUAUGUUUGUAUUUGCAUUCAUUUUAAUACAUGAUGGAAAUUUUCUGUCUAGCGUCCUUAAGGGUAGGACUCACAUGACAGGAAAUUUCCAUCCUGGGUCGUGAAGUGUUUAAGGUUUCAAUUCAUGGAAGAUAUGUAUGAAACCUUUUUUUAAAACUUUAUUUGUAUGAUUUUCCGAUACCAUUCUAAUCCAACAAUUCAAACCUAGUUCUUCUAAAUACCUAACCCGAGAUACAAUCUAACCUGUGGUUACUUCCUGCACAGUUAUGUAAUUUCAUGUCACCUAUCCUACAGAUGAACCGAUCUUCACAACAUCCUGGAAACUCUACAGAUGAUGGUCUUAUUAUCCAUGAAGUCUUAAGUCCAGGAGAGGGAACAUCAAGUGAUCAGCCUACCAGUUCAGAACAAUUGCUACAGUGUGAAAUUCAGCAUACAACACAAACAAACACAGAAACACAUUUGUGAGUUCAAGACGUCCCUUUUCUUAUAUAAAUGCAAAACUAUAUCAUAGAAAGCCAUAAAUCUUGGGUAGCUUUCAUAGAAAAUGUUAUACUUUUUUUUGGAAUGUUGGCUUCUUAAAAGUAAAAUUGUACAAUCUCCUGUGAUAUUAAGCCAAUUAUACAAACAGGAAAUUAUCACAUAUCAAAAACUGUUGCUGUCAAACACUGCUUCAGAGUAGCCCAUACUUAAAAAUGGCACUUAAAAAUUAUCUCAUACUAUUAAUUAAAUAGCCAGAACUUGUGGUUUAUGGCAAAUGCAGCUGAGCACUUUGCAGCAAUUCUAUUAAUAAUACUAUUGUCUUAACUAUCAAUUUGUUAAUUGUAAGUGGAGCUGUUGGGUGAAACUGCAGUUUUGGUCUCUCUGCAGUUAGUUGUUAGGGGAGGUGGAGAUUUAAAAUCCCAUAGCAGGCCACAUCCAAAAUUUACAUUUAGUAAACAAGAAUUUCCUUAAUAGUACAAUAAUUUCCUUAGUAUCCAGAGGUACUCUUGGCACCCGCACUGUUGUGAAUAUUAAGGUGGAAAUUUUAUAAUCGCUCUACACAAAUAUAGCUUCUUACUUGGAUAAUGUGUACAAAAGGGGGAGGCAAGUAGCCAGCACUGAUUUCUCUCCACCCUCAAUUACAGUGGUUAUAAGGUACUGCAUGCAAGUAGACAUGUGUGGGGGGCCUUCUCUGACUGUUACCUGUUAAAAAGAAAAGGAACAUUGUUUGAUUUUGUUUUGUAUUUUAUUGGCCUAUGAUCACAUUAAAGGGUUACUCCAACCACUGUAAUGGUUAUAACUGUAGGGGUACCAUGGCACAAUUCUCAUGUAAUUGGGCAAACUAUCUUAUGAUUUACCUUUUCUGGUCGUGCCUGUCACCCCUCUGUAGGCAGGUUUAUGACCCCAGUUCUGUUCCUGCUUCUCAUUUCUCUGCCUAAAGCAGUCUUCUGAUGCUCUCAGCUAUUGAAUUGGUGUCUGUGCAUUAGAAUUUGCAGAGAACCGACAUUAGCCCAGGCUGGCCAAUGUAGGUGGACUUGAACCUUAAGCAGCAAAUGGAUUAAACUUGGUAUGCUCAGCAUUUCACAGCAAAACGCUGCAGAUAUAUACUCCAGGCACCAUGACCUCUUCAAAUCAUUGGUGAUGAGAACAACCCUUUAAUUUGAUAAACUUACCGAAACAUAAGACUAGAUAUAAAUGCACCCAAGAGUGUUUGCUCUACUUGAGAAUAAACAUUACUGCAAAAUUUACACCAAUCAAGCUUAGAACAAAUUUUUUGUUUAUGCCGUUUUGGUAUGGAAAGAAGAAACCCCUUUUAACUGCGUUAAGAGCCUAGGGAUGGAGGUUAUUUCAGCUGCCCCGUACACUACAUUUAAGACCUUAUUUAAAUCAUUGUUUAAUAGAUCUUAAAUGGAUAUAUUGCUUACAACUUCGAUUGGGUAAUGGCAAGGCAUGAGAGGAAUUUUAUGAAGUAAAGCACAUACAAAAAGUAUGUGGUAGUCCUUUCUUGCAGUCUAUGAUAUGCAGAAUUUUGAGUCUUACUCCUCCCUACACCUUCCUUUUCCUCUCCUUCCAUUUCCACCUUUUUAGUGAUGAAGCUGCGACAAAUCUGUUAGAGGAGCCAGUCCUUAAUGCUCAAUUGCUAGAAGAAAAUCAGGCCGUUGUUCCCAGCAUCUAUACAAAUGAAGAUUGGUUGGCGUUGGACGUGAUUCAAGCAAACUCUUCUGAGGAUACAGACAGUGUCAUUAACUCCAUCAUCAAUGAAAACAAUAGUGUGAGCAGUGCAGACAUGCUGGAUUGGUAAGCGGUUUCUGCACUACUGUUAUUGAAAAGUGGGAAUUUUAAAGUGGAAUUGUUACUUCUCAAGGUUUUUUAAAUUGUUUACUUAUCCCGGUUUAAAGUGACACUAUAAUCACAAAAACAACUUUAGCUUAAUGGUGCAGUUUUGGUAUAUAGAUCGCUGAUUAAUUAUCUGCCAUUUAGGAAGUGUGUGUCCCUAGUUACCCCUACCUGCAUGUAACGUGCACAGCCUUCCUAAACACUUUCUGUAAAUUGAGAUGUGGUGUUUAUACUUCCUUUAUUGCAUACUUUAAUCUCAAAUGUAUUAGCUCUUGCAACAAUAGCUUGCUAGACCUUGCAGAAGCCCUCUGUGUGUGAUUUAAAGUUCAAUUUACAGAGGAGGAGAUAUAAACUUCUAAAGCAAGUUAACAUUUGAUUGAAAAGGAAAACAUUGUUUUUUUUUUUUUCCUUCAUGCAUGCAUGCUGUGUGAGUCACAGCCAAUGAAGGUGUGGGUUGGACUGCAUGAUCCGAAACAAAAGUGAUUUAACUCCCAAAUGGCAGAGAAUUUAGCAGUGAGACUGAAGGGGCAUGAUCUAUACACCAAAUUUUGCUUCAUUAAACUAAAGUUGUUUUGGUAAAUUUUUGAGGUGUGAAAAAUAAAAUAUAAAAAAAUAAAGUAAAAUGUUGGAAGCUACACUUCUUUACCCUGAAUUUGCACUCCUCCUGUUUAGCUCCCUGUCACAAAUAUAAUGCCUUUACACCUGGCAGGCUGUACAGAGAAUGCACACAGUAGAGGACAAACAAUGCUUCUAUUUCCUUUUAUUUGAAAUAUGUGGCCUGCUUUGUCAUGUCAUUUUUUUGGGGGGGGGGGAGUUAAAACUGAUUUUGAAUGCUGAUGUAAAUUGCAGAGAAGUGAUCUUUCCCCUUUAUUAUAAAUUAAAAAGAAAAGAGUUUCUCAUGAAAACACUAUUUUGUUAAGGUGAUUCCAUUGUUUUACUCAAUGCACAGGGAACCUAUAGAAAUGUCGGUUGGAAGGUUGCUGUUUGCUAAUUUGACUGAUUUUUUACCUUGACAUGGUAGAGAUAUGGAAAUAACAUAAAGGCAAACAUCAUUGGUGACUCCAAAUCUCAGAAAUAAAUAGAACAGUACUACCUUCUUCAAUAAAAUCAGUAAUAACUUUUUAUUCACAUCUUAAGGCAUUAAAAAUAAACAAAUAUUCCCCACAGUCCCAACACUGAGUGUCCUCCAUAUAGCAGCCACAGAUCUGUGUUUCGUAUAAAAGAGAUAUACUUUGUGAACAUCAAAUAAUGCUGCCUAGACACCAUGAAUAAGGAAAACAGGCAAGUCUCUUGUUUUGAAUGUAUUUCUCAAAGAUGAUGUGUAAUUUUGUUUCUUGCUUUUAAGUCAAUAGUAAACGUACGUGUGUGUUGGUUUUGUUUUUCCUCUUGAUAUGAGGAGAUAAAAUAGCUUGGCUCUCCUGUUUAAUGUAGAGCUCUUAUUGAUUCUAUUCAUGUUGCUUUUAUGGAAAUGUCAUCUUUAUGGUUGUUUUUCUUUUUUUCAUGUAUCAAAUUUUCCAACUAUUGUUUGCACACCAAAAAAUGGAAAACAAGGAGGAAAUGGCAAACACUGUAGGCUGCUUAUUAUAUCGCCAUGCAAGCCACUCAAAUUAUAAUCCGCUCAAACAAACUGAUUCCUUCCAAAUCUUAUUGAACACUGUAGUUGUGAGCAUGUUAUGACCGCAAAUGGUAUAUCUUUAACAAUAGAAACACUCCAUAAAUAACAACUGUCCUUUUACCUGCAGCGAGGAUAUUCAGGACUUCUUGAGUUGUAUUGAUGCCAGUCUGGAGGACCUGCAAACCAUGCUCUCCAAGAAAAUCAAUGUGGAAGCCGAUAUUAUUGAAGGGGUAUGUGUUAAAAAAAAAAAAAAAAAAGUCUAAUUUGACCUGGAAAAAAACAAUGAAAAAUCUAACAUAAAUCAGUAUAAUUCAGUUAUGCAGACAUUAAAUAGUUUCUUUAAAAAAAAAAAAAAAAAACGUUUUUGGUCUGAGUAACUAUUCCUAUACUGAUUUCCCCCUCCCGCAAAAAGAAGAAAGAAAAUGGCAAAAACUUACCACUGUUCCAGCACCAAGGUCAAGUUCUCCCUGCACAUAGAUUCUCUGCGGCUGUCGUCAUUGACCCUUUGCAAGGGAGAGAGGGAUGUCAAGAAGGAUUGGGUGAGGGGAAUGCGACGCCAAAUUUGAAAAGAAUCAAAAACUGGCUAAUGAAGCCACAAUAACGCUACAGGAGAUGGAAUUAAACCCCUGGCAUCAGAAGAGUUAAACACAGUUUCAUGGUGAAACUCUGGAGAUAAAGAUUUCGGAACAUGACCACCUCAAAUCAGUGAAGUGAUCAUUGUGUUUGCAGUAACCCUUUAAACUAACAAUAUGGAAAUGUAUAAUUCUAACAGAUAUUGGGUAGAUUUAGGGCCCUUUUAUAUUGCUUAGAGAAGCAUUGGGAAGCGAUGUCACAUGUGCAACAAUCGCUGUGUAGCACCAUGAAAUGCUUCCCAUAGACAAAUGCUUGUUUCUCUGUGAGAAGCUCUCACAACCACUUUAAAUGCUCAUUCAAAGUGAAAUAGCAGGAAACUUUUGUGAUGGCUGGGAGUCUCCAACUAAUAUUAUUUAUAAAAGUUUCAAUUACUCUUGAAAUCAGCACUUUAUAAAAGAAGACAAAGGAGAAAGCCAAGUUCAAGGGCUUUAGGGUACUGGAGUGUUCAUUUAAUACAGGCUUCCCCAAACUCUGGCUCUCCAGAUGUUGCUGAACUACAACCCCCAUGAUUUUCAGCCUAUCUAUUCAUAGAAUCAUUGUAGUUUAGCAACAUCUGGAGGGCCAGAGUUUUGGGAAGCCUGAUUUAACAACUCUGUGCAUAGAGUACUUAAAGGACCACUCUAGGCACCCAGACCACUUCAGCUUAAUGAAGUGGUCUGGGUGCCAGGUCCUUCUAGGUUUAACCCAUUUUUUUUAUAAACAUAGCAGUUUCAGAAUCGGUUAAGCCUUCCCCCAAAGCCUCUAGCGGCUGUCUCAUUGACAGCCGCUAGAGGCGCUUGCGUGCUUCUCACUGUGAAAAACACAGUGAGAGCACGCAAGCGCCCAUAGGAAAGCAUUGAUAAUGCUUUCCUAUGCGACCGGCUGAAUGUGCACGCAGCUCUUGCCGCGCGUACGCAUUCAGCCGAAUGGGUAGAGAGGAGGAGGAUCGAAGGAGGAGAGCUCCCCGCCCAGCGCUGGAGAAAGGUAAGUUUUAACCCCUUUCUCCUUUCCAGAACCGGGCGGGAGGGGGACCCUGAGGGUGGGGGCACUAUAGUAUGUUUUCCUGGCACUAUAGUGGUCCUUUAAGAAUAAGAACUCCUCUGGAAUACAAAUUUUGUCAAUCAAAACAAGUACCAUGCAACACAAAACACAUGGGUGCACUUAACAAAAAAAAAAUGUUGGCUGCGUGGGGAGAGAUAAAAAAUAAAAAAAUCCACCCUGGAUGUAUUUUACAAUAGUGCUUCCUGAACAAUUGAUCGGCUUCAUAUUACUACUUCAUAUUCAAUACAAUAUUACUAUCUUGGAGGAAACAUGGUGAAUUGAAGUAGAAAGGCAAUAACAGGGUGGGAAAAGGAAUAGAACUGAUAUUUUCAUUAUUUCCAGAGUUGUUUUAUAACUUGGCUCUUAGACAGGUCAACACACAAAAAUAAAGAUGCCUUCACCUAGGCACCUGCACAGAUAUGAAUAAUCAUCGCCAAGAGCACUCCUCUUGAAUAGGAAAUUGUUAAUAGAAACUACAUAUAAUAUAUAUGCAACAUAUAGGGAUAACUAAACUCCCAGUCAUAUGUUUUCAAAGCCAUCAAUUUCAUGUCUUUCCUUUCAUUUGAGCAGUAAAAACACUUCAAAGUCACUCUUUAUCUCUUUAACUUACUUUUUGCAGCUAUUUAAACCUGACUUGUUAUCCUCAGAUAUUAAAGUAACUGAAACCAACGCCAGCUUAUCCAGAGUAAGUAUAAUUUUUCCUUUUUUCCCAGUGUAUGUGGAUUUAUUUUUGUUUAUCUUUUCUUUAUAACAUAAUUAGCCAUAAACUAAAUUUUCAGUAUGAUGUUUUCUUAUCACAGGAUUCAAUGGCCAAUGACAAGAGGGUUGUAGAGCCUGACCUUGAUGACCUACUCAAUAAAGGUAUGAAACUGUUCCUAUACUUUUUUAUUUUGCUAACCUACAGAACUAUACGUUUAUCUUUCAUUUGAACCUGGAGACGUACAUCACUGUUGAGAAAAAUAUGUUCAAAAUUGCCUUUUAUAUAUAUAUUUUUUUUUUUCUUCUUCUCUGUAAAUUGGGUUAACUUAGACUGAUUAGUCCAUGUUGAUUUCUUUAGAACUCUUCUUGCUCACCAGUGAACACAGUUAAAGGAGUCUGGUGUUUUCUUGAUAGUUUCUAAAAGUGUUGCUUACGAUAGAGAUUGACAUUUUUAUAGUUGGAUGCGGAAACCCCUCCCUGGUUUUCUUUCACUUCCAUUAGUUCCACAGUGCUAAUGGAAGCGGGAGGUGCGCUGUUCUGGUGUGUGCCUGCCUUUCACUCUUCUCAAUGAGGUGUGUGAUUUGUGAGCUGCGUUCUGCAUCUGUCUCACUGCUGGAUUAGAGGUUAACUGCUUACAGGCUUUUGAGGGAGGAAAAGGGGCCCAGGAUAUUUCCUAACAUCCUGUAUGCACUAAUUUAGAAUGCUGGGCUGUUCAAUUGAUUAAAAUAUAUCUUUAAUUUUUAAAGUGAACCUUAUUCAAAUACAAUUAGUAAAAGGUACUUUAAAUGCAAAAUGUGAAAAUUCUCUUCUCAUAUGUAACAUUUCAUCUUUGAAGAUUAACAUUUCUACCUCUGCGCAAAUUAUUGAACUAGGUUGGUGGAUAAUAGAUUUGCUGUGGAUACGUUCUACUGUCUUCUGUUGAGAGAAGAAAAUGCAUUUUUAUGGGACUUACAAUCGUGAGCUUGAGGAAUUCCCAGUUAUGCUUCAUUUUCACUGUUAAACAGUAUUGCUGUUCUGCAUUUAAGCCUACUUGUUGCGCAAAAUGUAAUCCAUAUUUUUUUUUUUUCAGACAAGCAGCUGAUGCACUACACAGGAAAUCCUUUGCUCUCUUUAUUUGAUGAGUUAGAGUCAAACAACAGUGUUUCGUCAGCCCCAACUGAUCUGUUGACAGGAAAAGAUGAUAACCUUCUUACUGGCAGCUCCGAAGAACUAAGGAACAAUUCUCUGAGUGUGGACACAAGCAAGGAAGCAGACUUGCUAGUAGAGGAUACCAGUGGAGCACAUGACCCAAUGCCUAUUUUUGUCCUCAGCCCAGUUAACAAAUUAUUAGAUGAAGUCACAGAAUCUGAUACACAUGUAUGAAUGAGAUGUUAUAUAACUACCUGCUAGCCAGCAGGUAGUGCAGGAAAGAGAGCUUUCUACCAAGCAGUGCCUAUACAACUUCUAAUUCUGCUAGAUGAUUUUGCAAUAGUUUCACAGUAUUUUACCAACAUUUUAUUACCACUUUAUUUUGUGUUCUUUCAAGGCUGGAUUAUAAUACCUCUAACGUUUUAAGCCAGAAUGAAAAGAAAAAAAUGUAUGUAGUCAUUCCCUGUAGGGCAGACGAUGGGCACUUUGCUCACUGGGCUCAAAAGAUGCACCUUGUAAAUUACUGACCUAUCUAAAGUUGAAACAACUUAAUGUGUUUGUGGUUUCUCUUGAGCAAAAGACUUGACUAUUAUUUAUGUAUAUGGACUGCCUCCACCGAUGUGAUCAAUGUCCUGUGUAUUAACCUAACUGAGCUUCAGUUGGAGGUGCUUCCAAGUGGACUCUACCUAUAGCUAUGCUUUUAAAUAUUCAAUUCUAACGGUGUGAUAGGCGCUUAUCUCUCAACGUGUGUAAAACUAAUCCGCUGCAUACACAAAUGUGGAAUACAAAAAAGUGUGGUGCACUCCAUAUGAUAAUGUAAAUGUAUAUGUUAUCAAAUAUACUAUGCAAUUCUUACUGUAACAGAAAAAAAACUAGGUAUUAAAAACACCUGCAACAAAAAGUGUACACAAUAAUGCAGAAACACCAUUAUAAAGCCCCUUGUGUGGAAUACACAUUUAAGAAUAAUUAACUUACAUUUGAGAGAAAGUAGGAAGAAUCCGAUGGUGUAGAUUACAAACGCUUCAAGUAUACUAUUAACAAACUUAGUUUGUAUCCCUUUGUUUACUUUGUUUACUUUGUUUAUAUGAAAUGUCUUGUGUUUAUUGAUUUUCUUGUGGCUCUGUCCUCCAUACCAUCCACAAAUGAAUGAGUAACUGGGUCAGCUUCAGGUAAGUAUUAAACUCUGAGUUGGGAAAAUUAGAGACUGCCAUAGUUGUUACGAUCCUUUGUGGAAAACAUUUUUUAGUUCUGCCAGCAUCUUGGAGGUACAAUUGAAAUAAUUAUCUGCAAUUUCCUAAAAACUUGUCAAGUAAAAUGUUCAGAUGAUAUUAUCGCCAUUUAUCUUGCGCCAACAGAUUCUGUAGCGCUUUACAAUAUUAUGAGAGGGGGGAUUUAACUAUAAAUAAGAUAAUUAUAAUAAAACUUACAGGAGCGAUAGGUUGAAGAGGGCCCUGCUCAAACAAGCUUACAGUGUAUAGGAUGUUCUCUCUAAUGUUUUACUAUCAUUUUUACAUGGCAAGUAUGUUUGAUCACAAUGAUCACAAUGUAAGAUAUUCCUAAUUAGUUGUCAGUAGAGCCCAGCAAUCAUUAGGCAUGCUUACACCAAUUUUAUAUUAAUAAAUUGUGCCUUAUUAGAUUUCCCUUCUUUUUUUUUUUUUAUCAUAUCUAUAUUGGCUUAUUUGGGCUGUUUUCUGAGGAUUUGCGCACAGUAUGUGGAAAGGUAGUGAAGUAUUGUUAUUUCACAUAUAAUGCACUGCAGCUGUGGCGAUAAUAUCAUCUGAACAUUUUACUUGACAAGUUUUUAGGAAAUUGCAGAUAAUUAUUUCAAUUGUACCUCCAAGAUGCUGGCAGAACUAAAAAAUGUUUUCCACAAAGGAUCGUAACAACUAUGGCAGUCUCUAAUUUUCUGAAUGCUGCUUGACCCACACUAAAAACCGAAAUGUUUCCAGCAGCUCAAAUACUGGACUGCCUGGUCAAAUACAAGACACAUGCACCCUGCCUAAAUGCUGCAGGAAAGUGGCUAGGACUCCAGCAGUGACUCGGGCUUGGUCAUUCAGUAAUGCUCUCAAACCAAAAAAUAUUUGUAGGGUAAUUGUUUUGUUAUUCACUAUGUAAUCGAUUUUAAAUUUGGCUUUGACAGAUUUCCUUAGAACUUAGGAUCCAUGCAGCAUUUUCAGUGGUGGCAUAGACCAACACAAACAUUUAUUGUAGACUCAGACGGACAAGCUCACACACCUUAACACACUGUCAUACCUACAUAACCACUCUAACGAUAAUACAACAUUGGCCCCUCUCAAUGCACUUAUUUAACUAAAUACAAUACUUCACACAUGAUCAUAGCUAGCCACACACACAAAUAUAUCCAUAAAGCACCUUUACAUACUUAAUCACACACUUUGGCAUAAGGGGAAGAGGAAUUAGAUAGGCAAGUCCUUGUGCUCUCACAUCAAUGGGGAAGUAGUGUGAGACAGUGUUUUGAUCUCUCCUGGCCGAUAGGAAGCUAAACAAUGGGCAACCGGUAUCAUUUUUAUGGUGUCCAGGAUUUUUCAGCCCCUUGUUUAAUGUUUUAGAUAAAUUUAGAACUUACAGGAUUGUGACAAUAAUGACUUUCUUUAACAUCCUUUCAUUAUAGCAGAAUUAAUUGAGACAUCAAGUUAUUUCAGAAUGUAGUUUGAGGAUAAAUUCAUGUUUUACUUGGGGUUAGUCUAAAUGCCAUAUGAUGAAACUAAUCUUGCUAAUGAGGAGAUGGAAUUUCAAGGAACACUAUAGUCACCUAAAUUACUUUUAGCUAAAUAAAGCAGUUUUAGUGUAUAGAUCAUUCCCCUGCAAUUUUAAAUCACUUUGUUUCUGUUUAUGCAGCCCUAGCCACACCUCUCCUGGCUAUGAUUGACAGAGCCUGCAUGAAAACAGAUGUAAUUUACCUUAAAUAAUUGUAUCUCAAUCUCUAAAUUGAACUUUAAUGCAUACAGAAGGCUCUUGCUGGGUCUAGCAAGCUAUUAACAUAGCAGGGGAUAAAAAAAAAAAUAUUAAACAAACAGAACUUGCAAUAAAAGCCUAAAUAGGGCUCUCUUUACAGGAAGUGUUUAUGGAAGGCUGUGCAAGUCACAUGGAGGGAGGUGUGACUAGGGUUCAUAAACAAAGGGAUUUAACUCCUAAAUGGCAGAGGAUUGAGCAGUGAGGCUGCAGGGGCAUGUUCUAUACACCAAAACUGCUUCAUUAAGCUAAAGUUGUUCAGGUGAUUAUAGAGUCCCUUUCAGCAUUAAUAAUUCUGGUAAGCAGGGAACGAGCCUCAAGAGACCCUUGAUUUUGACCAUGAAUUAGCAAAGGGCACCUGGCUCCUAAUAGCACAAUAAUGUCUACAUACGCAUGCGUUAUGGUGCCCUCCCAAAAAGCAUUUAAAAUGGUAAUUUUAAGUUGUGUCUAAAAAUACAUGUUUGUUUACAGAUGGACCAUUGUCUGCUCUUGUUCUUGCAUGCCUAAGUUUAUUACUUCUGUUUCAGUUAUUCAUUAUACAAGCUGCAGAAUAGUUUGGCAUUUUAUAAAAUGUGAGCGAAUAUUUUACCAAAGCUCUAAUUUGAGGUCUGCAACACUGCACAAUUUGCAAACAUCUGACUAUAAGUUCCUUGUAUCAUAAAGGUAAUUUAGAAAGGAAAUCCAUACACAGCCAUAAAGAGAAAUUAUAUAUAUAUAAAAUUGUGUGACUUAACCUUUUUACAUAUUUUUUUUUUUUUUCCAUGUGUCUAGUCUAAAUAAAUGAUAUUUGCCUAGGUUGGAUUAUUGGAAAAAUCCAUACUUAUUUUCUAUCAAGAGUCGUUCAGACCAGCUCUCGUAAUCUGGUUUACAUAGUAUUGAGCUCUGUUUCAGUUGUUUCUAGUAUACUGUAUAUCUUGAAGCUGCCCAAUAAAAUGUUCAUCUUUGAGACAUGCAUAUCUGCAUUCUGUUGGUACAAGAGGUGUUUAUUAUUUUCAUUCAAUAGCAUACACAACUGACUCAUUUGUCCUCCAAUGAAUUUGAAUAUGAUGAACAAAGAAUAUAAACUAAGAGAUUAAAAAAAAAUCUCAUUUAUUUUUUGUAUCCAACGUUGUUAUACCCAAUUAUUUUUACUUCUAUCUUAUAUUUCAGUGUUUCCAAUUAAGGUGCUUACUUAAAUUCAGAUUGCUUCCACUUUUUAUUAUUUUAAUAAAGAUAAAAACCUUUAAAGUCAAACUAUUUGUUUAGCCGCACAUUUUUGUAUUCUGAUUUUUUUUUUUUUUUUUUUUUUUUUUU